GCCAUGUUCCCGGAAGUACCUCCGCAACUCGUUGGUGCGUAGAAAGACGGAAACUGAAACUGAAUUCGAAGACUUUCAAUUGGCUUUUGCUCACUUGCGGGUUUCAUGAAGACAUUUAAGAGGAACCUUUGCCAUGGAGGUGGAGCUGCUGGACUUUUGGGUUCCUGUAGAGAACAACAAGACUUUGUUUGUGUGGAACAUCACGCCGGACCUGACCGAGUCGUACAUACAGGAGCGCUUGCACGCGGUCUUCUCUUCCUUUGGUCCCCUCUACCUGGUGAAUGUUCGUCCUAACGCCGCACUGAGCACGCCCGGUUUCAACGGCAUAAUCAAGUUCUACUCUGCGGCUCAGGCUCGCAAAGCCCAGCAGAACAUGGAUCGGCGCGCGCUCUUCCAUAACACGCCGCUCAAGGUGAGGCUGAGCUCCCAAAAGACGCCUCACUUCCAGUCCGGCAGCAGACCCCUGAGCCACGCCCGCUGCGUGGAGUUGGCCAAUCAUUGCCUGGGAUUCAACGGCUGGACGUGUGACAUCGUCACACUGAAGGAGCUUCCCCCUGAGGAUGAGGAGGAGGAAGACAAAGCAGGCGGGCGCGUCCGUGUGAAGCUGGGCUGCGUAGUCCAGAUCUCCUUUCCCCGUCACGGUGUCAGCACGCGAGGAGCCGCCGUGGUGGAAGACAUCUUGUCGAACGCAGGUCCUGAGAUGAUAUUGCGAAAGCGCAGCAGCUUGUACAAGCUGGUACGCGACAAAGCGGCGGUGCAGGCCUUCUCCACGGUGGUGCUGGUUCUGCUAGGUGAGGGGAAGGUCAUGGUGGAGCUGCGACGCUCGGUCGAACAUCUAUUCCCUGAGGAGCCUCAAGGACUUAUCCCCGUUUGCAACCGGGAUGAGGUGGAGAACCUUCCUGAAGAUGAAGACCCGUGGGAUCUCGAAGACCUGGACCUGACCGUGUGGUAGAUGGGCCUUAUACUUUCAGCAAGUUGCAAUAUUCAAGGUUUUUGAAAUGUUUCCACUUUUUUGCCUUAAGAUCCAGAUUAAUUUGUUCUUUGUCCAGAAUUUAUAACUCAAAACAUCUCAAGUCAUCUUGCCCCAUUGAAAUGAAUGGAAAAGCCUUUCAUUCAAAAACCUUCCAAAAAUGUUUUUUAAAUGAGAAAACUCCCACUCAUUGUAUUACGUAAUGGGUGCAAAUUCAUAAGACUGAAACAGUUUUUGCAACUUUCUCCUUCAACUGUGCUGUCAGAUGUGUGUUCCUUGGCCACCGGGGGGCGGUAUCAAGGCCAAUUCAUGUUUUGCACUUAACUUGGUUGUGUGAAUGUAGCAGCCAGUCGUAUUCCAGCCGAACUCAAGUGAUGUUCAUGUAGUCGUUAUUUGCAGGGAUCACAAAUACUGUCUGUGACUGAGUAUAUUGUCUGUCUACAUGUGUUGCUGCACUAUUUGUCUUGAAAUCACUCGGGUAUUAAAGCAGAUAAAGCUA